UGGUCACCAAUUUUAAAUCUCUAAAUUUUCGUUCAUAAAGCCUCUCAUGUGUCAUCUCUCUACUAUGCUACCUCUGCAAAAACCCGUGCUAUAGAAAAUGAAAAUGAAGAUACCAAUAUCUAGAACGUUAGAAUUUUACCAUUUUGAUGGCAAAAACCCUAGAAAGAUGCUUUGUGUUGGCCAUUUGUCUUUGCUCAUUUUGUGCAAUGCAUUUUGUGCAGCCACGGUGUUUGGAGCCAGCCAACCAAGUGAAGAGUCGAUAGAGAGAGGAAGAGAGGCUUAUCAACGUGCACUACGGGAAUCGAAGUCAAGAAUACCUGAAUAUGGCCAGUGUUGGAAGAAUGCUCUGUCACAGUUGGAGGAAGGCUGUCAGCAGCUCACCGAUGAAACGCAACAUACGCUCGCCAUCUCCUUUCUCAAUUGUUUUUUACUGAGUACAGGAAAGGAAAGCCUUAUUUGCCAUAAACCACAUUAUAUGGACUGCACCAGGGACUUUGAUAAUUCGCUCAUUCAGUUGCACAAUAACUAUUUCAUACACACGCAGAAUAUGUGUUCGUUUCUCCAGCUACAAAUUUGGCAUGAUAAAACAGAGGACACAAUAUCACGUCUAGCCACAGCAUCCUCUGACACUGCCAAAAGGCUUUUGGAAAGCAGUGAACAGCAGGAAGUGCUUUUGAAACGGCAAAAUGAAUCACUGAAAAAUCAAGAUAAGAUAUUGAAGAGUGGAGAUCAGUUGGAAAGAGUCUUAGAGAGUUCUACAUCUGGCGUCAAAGCAAUCUUUGAUGAGUAUAAGAAGACAACAAAAGAGCAACGCUUACUCAUCACUGAUGUCUUUGACCGAGUUAGCAGUCUUCAAAAUCUUGUCCUUGGAGAAUUCACCAGUUUAUAUUCAUUAAUAUUCUAUGUGUUGUCAAUUGCCAUCAGUUAUUUGAUAACAUCAACACCUCGAACGAGUGGAGCAAGAUUUUGGUUGUUCCUUCUGAUGACAGCUGACAUAUUUGUUGAGAGGAUGAUUGUGUCAUGGUGUGGCUUGGAUUCUCAUAUUAGUGUCAAUGAUACAAAUAGUAUCCUGUAUGAGAGACUGUGGUUGUGUCGCAAGAUGUUUUGGUUUGCUGCUGUCGCCCUCCUGGCAAAGUUUGGCUACACUUACAAAGACUUGAAUAAGAUCAACAACCAACAUCUGGUAGAAAUACGUCAGCAAAUUUAUGAGAUACGUAGAUCUGUCGAUUCAGGGAUAGCAGUAGGUCUUCCUUACAGGCCACAGAAAGAGUCUGAGAUGAUGUUAUGUGAUCAUGGGGAGAAGAAGAUUGAGAUGAUCAAGCAGGGCAUUCUACCUGUUCCAGAUCCAUCGCAGACAUCUAUAUGCUACCCAGCCCCACAUGGUUCCAGUCCAGACACAUCAUUUGAUACAGACAGUGACCACACUUACAUACAGCCUGAUGACGUCAGUGAAGAAGAUAGUUUUGUGACAGUGUCUGGUGCAUCCAGUCGGUCCGGUACUCCAAGUUUGCUAGAGGAGCUACGUGAUCUUUGCCAGGCUACACCGCUCAAGGGAAUGUGUGUGUCAUCAUGGCUAAGUGAUGCAACACCUCCGAAGCCAGCCUCAGGAGAGCGGACCGAUUCGACAGGGAAGAAAGGAAGACGAAGGAAGACAGAUAUUUCUGGAACUGAACGACCUGGUCUGAACCACUACAACCUGCGUCGACGAAGUCUCCAAUCUUACGGCCAGAACCCGAUGCUUGGGAGAGAAUCACCAAGAAGCUUUGCAAGGAAAGUCCAACAGCUUGCUGAGAGGACGAUACAACGUAACACUCUGGAUCAGACCUACUCUGUUGAGAGAAGAUCUGGUGAUGGACUUGAAUGAGUUCCAUUUUAUUCCGGAGGAAAUGUUCUAAGUCUCUAUGGGCCUGGCCAGGAUGCACCUGCUGGCACUUGAGAUGAUGUGGCGUGUUUAGGAUGUGAUGCAAGAGGCGUGCGCACCCCACCCCCUUUUGCCAUGUUCAAUCUGUUACAGGAACCAGUACUAUUACACAUUUCAGGCAAAUUUAUGUAAAUCAUUUCUGGAAACAAUUGAUUACUGAUCUGUAUAUAUUUUGGUGAAGUAUUGUUAUGUAUAUUUUAAGUCUAUGCUUGCUUCUUGCUGUCAUGAAGUGGCAGAAGCCACUGUCAGUUUACUGUCAGACUACAUUCAAUGAGCAGAGAUUAUUGCUUUGCUUUGUAUUUUCUACAAUAAUUGUCUGAUGUGUUUGAUAUUUCAUUGUAAUGUUCGUUUCAACUUGAUUCUUAGUGUAUGUACAGUUGACUUUGAGUGAUGAAAAUUGAAGAACAAGUUUAACUGAACAGAACUAUAUAUCGACCCGGUCUUUACCCGAUGCUGCUUGGCUAAAGAUUGUUAUGAGACGAGUACCUUUAGGGAACUUCUACCGCUUUUCAGUUCACUGCUUCAUUUUAAAGAAUAUUAUGUAUUGAAUGCGCUAAGAGGCUUUCUGAUUACUCUACACUGUAAAUAUAUCCACUAUUUGUAUGAGAUAGAUUUCCACACCCAGUCAAAGCUGUAAAUAAGACACACCCCCCCC